GCUUUCAGCUCACACUCCUUUUCUUCCUCCGCAGAGUGACUUGCAUCCGUGUUGCUGCUCUCCAGCCAGCACAUAACAACACACAAAGAGUCCUUUUAUUACGGAUCAACUGAGACCUUCACCGUCUGCUUCGAGGACGUGAAUUAUUUCCAUUUUUCCCUUCGGAAGUAAGAAAACAACAACACAGCCACCAUGUUUGAGGCUCGCCUGGUGCAGGGAUCCAUCCUGAAGAAGGUGCUGGAAGCUCUGAAGGACCUGAUCACAGAAGCUUGCUGGGAUGUUAGCUCGUCUGGGAUCUCACUGCAGAGCAUGGACUCGUCUCACGUCUCCCUGGUGCAGCUCACCCUGAGGAGCGACGGCUUCGACUCGUACCGCUGCGACAGAAACCUGGCCAUGGGGGUCAACCUGAGCAGUAUGUCAAAGAUCCUGAAGUGUGCCGGAAACGAAGACAUCAUCACCCUCAGAGCAGAAGACAAUGCAGACACACUCGCCCUUGUGUUCGAGACACUCAACCAGGAGAAGGUCUCCGAUUAUGAGAUGAAACUGAUGGACCUGGAUGUGGAGCAGCUCGGUAUUCCAGAGCAGGAGUACAGCUGUGUAGUGAAGAUGCCCUCUGGGGAGUUUGCCCGUAUCUGCCGUGACCUGUCCCAGAUCGGCGAUGCUGUCAUGAUCUCCUGCGCCAAGGAUGGAGUCAAGUUCUCUGCCACCGGAGAGCUCGGCACUGGAAACGUCAAGCUGUCCCAGACCAGCAACGUAGACAAAGAGGAUGAGGCUGUUACUAUUGAGAUGAACGAGCCCGUUCAGCUGAUCUUUGCCCUAAACUACCUGAACUUCUUCACCAAGGCCACACCACUUUCCAAGACAGUCACCCUAAGCAUGUCUGCUGAUAUUCCCCUCGUGGUUGAGUACAAGAUUGCCGAUAUGGGACACGUCAAAUACUACUUGGCACCAAAGAUCGAUGAGGAGGCUUCUUAAUUUGUUCAUAACACACCAAACAGGGAAAAUAGAGAAAAAGCAGGUGACUGGGACUUGUCUCGAGUGCAAAAAGGGAUGGAGGGAUAUCAUUGUGGGGAGUCGAUGGUCUUUGAGGUUUCUGAUCUCCACCUGUCUAAAUGAGAUAUCCACCAGCAGGAGGCGCAGUGUCAACUUUUAUAAACGGUCAAUUGUGAGCAUGAAUAAUGACGACGCUUCAGUGUUUUGACUGAAGAUGUGUUCAGAGUAGCCGACUCAUCCAAACAGCCCCAGUGUAGUUUUCAGCACUUGUUCACUCCACCUUUUUUGAGUCUCGCUCUCUAUUUUUGCCCGUUUUUGGGAAGGCAGGUUUCAAGUAUCCAGUUUCUUCUUGUAGAUACGCAUUUGUAAAUACUUUCUGUGGUCGCACUGUCAGUCAACCCCAAUUGUUUUUGUAUUCAUUGAUUCAGCCCAAAAUAAAUGAUACAAGUUGU